GCGCGUCCUGCCACUGCUUCGACAGACGUUGUUGUGCUCUCGUCGUUGCCCUCAACCAUGUUAAAAGAGGAAGAUGCAGACAAGGAGACAUGUGUAGAGGAGGAGAACAAGAGCUCAGGCAAAGGCAUUGAAAAGUUCAGCAGAUGUCAAUCUGACCCAGCGUUCGAAGAUGCUUUUGAUACUGCGAAUUCACGGAGGACCCCGUCACUUCCUCGAUUACCAAAGGAUGAGCCAACACAUUUUACAAGGCAAAUUACUGCUCCGGCAGUAAUGCAAGUCGCAGACUACUACCUGCGCUCAGAAAUGAUGACAGUCCUUUACGAGGGUUCCAACACUUUAAUUACCAACAGCAAGGUGCGGAGAUCAAGCGCAUUCCGGGAGCCUUGUUUUGAUGGUGUAGGAGAUGACCUCUCUCCAAAAAGUAUAGAAGUGGACGUUGCGGUCAAGUCGGUGGCGCUCAAUGAAGAUGACUGCGAUCUUGCCAUGAUGAGACGUGAGUGCGAGAUCUUGAACCGAUUAGGACAUAGCCAUCCACACAUCAUGCCUGCACUUGGCUUUGCGGAAUGCGAAUCAGAGAUGGUUUUGCUCAUGCGCUUUGCCAAUGAAGGCGACCUGAAUUCGUUGGCUCCCAGCGGGGCCUGCUGUGAGGAAAUUCAGGCGAAGAGGCUUGGUCAUCAAAUGAUGUCGGCUCUAGCGUUCCUGGAGGAGCAUCGAAUUAUUCAUGGUGAUGUGAAGCCACAGAAUGUGCUGCUCACACUUGCUGAGGGACGUUUGCUUGCCCAGCUCACUGACUUCGGACUUGCUCAAGAGCUGCCAGAAGGGCAGACCUUCAUCAAGCUGAACGAAGUGCCCGGAUCCUAUGGCUACAUUGCCUCCGAGGUAAAGCACCGGAAGCAGAUAAGCUUCGCUGCGGACCUGUUUGCCCUCGGCGUGAUCCUUUUCCGCUUGCUGGGAAGCUACGAUCCUUUCCAUCCAGCCUCGGACGUGGACUCUGAGCUGAUCUUCGAUGAAGAGUGCUGGGAACCUUUGUCCCAGCUUUCUCAGGAUUUUGUCACCCGCCUGUUGAACCCAAAUCCAGCUCUGCGUGGCCUAGCCACACAGAUGGUCAAAGGUGACAUGUGGUUGUGUGCGGAUGAGAGCCAGUUAGUUGGCAAGCCACGCACAGGCUUCGCCCCCACACCAGUAAAGAAUGUGGACUUCCACACCCUUGAGGGCUCUUGGCUUAGCUCCGCAAAGAAUGGAGGUGCUUUAGCACGAUCCAAGCACAACGUGUCCAUAGAACAGCUGCUGACGAUUUUCAAAAUCCUCGAGCCCUCGGUAGCUGCUGAAGAGCCUAGGCCUCUUUAUGCGCUGGAGGGCUGCGAGGGUUGCGCCCAGUCCGGCUCAUCAUUU